AUGUCGCUGAUCGCUCUCGAAGAAGCCUUCAACAUUCCCUCGCUUGCUGAGCAGUCGGCCUACCAGGCCAGGCUCUUUGUUGCUGACGGCAAUGGACAGGCUCAUGCCGACCGCCUUGUCGAUAUCCAUGGAGAACGACUCGCAAAGAUGGAUCAACACGGCGUCGCACACACCAUUCUUUCGCUCACUGCGCCUGGCAUUCAGGACUUUGACCAGCCUGAAGCAGCAGCUGCUGCUGCCAAGGAGGUCAACGACUGGGUGUAUGGACAGGUGCAGAAGAACCCAAAGCGUUUCAGCGCCUUUGCCUCGCUCUCGAUGCACAACCCAAAGGACGCCAGCGACGAGCUGAGGCGAUGCGUCAAGGAGCUCGGAUUCGUCGGUGCAUUGGUCAACGAUAACCAGCGUCUCCCCAACGAUGAAGCUGCAUGGUAUGAUCAGCCCGAAUGGGACUCGUUCUGGGCAACGGUCACCGAGCUAGAUGUCCCUUUCUAUCUCCACCCCAUUGCGCCAAAGGGUGAGAUUCAUCGCCGAAUUUACAAGGACCGCGCUGCUCUCAUCGGGCCGGUUCUUUCUUUCGCCAACAACGUCUCAGCUCACCUUCUGGGUAUGAUCGUCAACGGCGUUUUCGACCGUCAUCCCAAGCUCAAGAUCAUUGUUGGCCACCUGGGAGAGCAUAUUCCAUUUGACUUGUGGCGUAUCAACCACUGGCUUGAAGAUGUUCACAAGCCUCGUGGUGCAGUCUCAAUGAAGAAGACGAUCCGCGACUACUUUAAUGAAAACAUUUGGGUCACCACUUCGGGUCACUUUUCGACGCUCACGCUCAAGUACGUCCAGGAUGAGAUUGGCAUUGACCGAAUCCUGUUUUCGAUCGACUAUCCCUACGAAAAGUUCGAGGACGCGUGUAACUGGUUUAAGACGCUGGACGGCAAGUUUUCAGCCGAGGAUUUGGCCAAGAUCAGCCACGAAAACUCACAAAAGCUCUUCCCACACCUGCGAUCGUAG